UGUUUAUUGAAUCGUAAAUACACAAAGAAACAAAAGGAAUCGACAUUCAUCAACCGAAAAAGGCUAUUGUCAACAAUCCCGAAAUAGGCCUAGUCUUGAGAGAAAUCACUGUCGUUGAAUGUAAGGCGGUUCCAGCAAGAUUGAGUUUCAGGUUAAGAGGUAUCUAAAAUGUCGGAGUCCGUUGUUGUAAACAAAGGCGUUGACGAAGAACUUCGUGUCGUAGUCAAGAUGGGGUCGGAGGCAACUGUCAAAGAGGCUCCCCCCUACAUUGAAAAUGAUGAACAAGAAAAAGUUAGAAGAGACCCAGAGAGCGGAAGUGCAUUGAAGGACUGGAAACCUUACGAAGCUGCUUCCAAAGAAAUGCCUGUUACUUUCUUCAUGCCGCCUCUGUAUUACAAAUUUCGCUGGGCCUGGGUCCAAAUAUUCAUGAAAAGAGUUGUAUUUGAUAUAUGUGUUGGUGAAAUUAUUAUGUUCAUAUUAGCCCUCGCUGUUGCUGCCGUCCCCGCAGGGGUUACCUGUUGUGAUGACGAAUCAACGGGUGGUGCAGCAACGAUACCUCUUUUGUUGACCUUUGCCCUGGCCAGCCGCAAUUCCGUAUUUACGUUCAUAUUUGGUGUUCCAUUUGAGCGUGCGUUAAAGUGGCAUAAAUGGAUGGCACUUUUUAGUGUUAUCAGUGGUGUUUAUCACGGCGUUGUGAGUAAGGAGGCCGAUGGUUCUGGUAUUUUGUUAGUUGCUUUGAUGGGUGGUUUGCUUAUUUUUUCAUUCUUCCCUUUCAGACGCUGGGUUUUUGAGAUCUUUUUAAAACUUCACUGGGUUCUUUUCAUCGGUGUUGCUGUUGCUGCUUUGAUCCAUGAUGCAGGUGUUGUUAUGGUGGGCGUCGGGAUCUGGGCCUUUGAUAUAUUGUGUAGAUGUAUCAUUUUGUGGAGAAACAGAUCGAACUCUGCCACUGUCAUGAUGACUCGACUUCCAGCUGAUGUUAUACGGCUUUCAUUUCAAAAGAAGAACUUUAGAUACAUGGCAGGGCAGUACGUUUUUAUCUGCAUCCCAAAGGUGUCGUACUUUGAGUGGCAUCCUUUCAGUAUUUCUUCGUCACCCCAUAAUGAUGAGGUCUACUUGCACAUCCGGGUACUGGGUAACUGGACCAAGCAGCUUUAUGAGAAAGCUGAUUCAACGGAAACAACUGCCUUCAUCGACGGCCCGUACGGGCAACCUUCAGUUGAUGUGGACGGUGAUCGUUACAAAAUAUUUGUCUUCAUCUCUGGUGGGAUUGGCAUAACUCCUAUGCAAUCAAUUUGCAACGACCUCAUUCAUCAGUACAAAAAAGGCAGACCGCUUAAAAAAGUCUACUUCAUAUGGUCCGUUCGCGAUGCGUUCAUGGUGACAUCAGUUCUUGAUUAUGACACGCAAUACUUCAGCAAAAAUAUACCACAACGUCUUCCAUUUUCAUUCUCCCCAGACCUCCUGACAGAGAGCCUGCACGAAAGUGUCCUAAAUGCCGAGUUUUACUUGACACGUGCAAGAGAGCCGAAGGAUUACGCUGCUGCCAAUAUAAGCCCUGGGCUGCAGUCCUGUUUGAAGUUUGGAAGGCCUAAUCUAGAGUCAAUCUUUGAUUCAGUACACAAACUUGCCCAGUCAACUGAAGAAAACAAAGUUGCCGUACUAAGCUGUGGACCUGGUCGACUUGUAAAGGACGCUUUGAAAUAUUCUGACGUUUUCUCAAAGGAAGGUGUUAGUUUCGAUUUUCAUAGUGAACUUUUUGAAUUUUAAGGGGUUCCAUGUGACACCAAGCUGGAUACGUUUGUAAUUUUUCACUUAGACAUGUUUUUCAAGUAUUUUAUCUGUCAUUUUAGAAAGGUUUACCAUUUAAUUUCAUUAAUGCACGCAGCACCUUACCAAAAAUAUUUGAAUUUGAUGUAACCAUUCGCAUACAUGCUUUAUAGCAUUACAUUUUAUUUCAUAGUCUGCAAUAACAGCAUUCAUAAUACAUAGGAAUCCAUUGAAAAUACUAUCUAUACACACGCACUCGUUUAUUACUAAGUAGCGACAUGUUAAAUUUCUAUGGAACUAUGUUUUUACUUCUUGUAUGUUUUCACGGGCACUUGUCUUGUUUCUUAAAAAUAUAUUUUUUACAUUUCUUCUAAAUAGUGUCGGAGAUGACAUUACUCAUGUGAAGGAGGAAUUGUCCUGUUUGACUUAGGAAACUAUAACAAGUUGUUAGACAUGGGAAAGUAUUGAAAAUGAAAUUAUGAAUUUACCCGAAUCGUACAUGAGUGUUUAGAAUCAUUAAUAGGAAAUUAUAGGACAAAGCAAAAGCCAUAGAUCCUUAAUUUAGGUCGUCAUAGUGAAUCAGCAGUUACAAGACGCUUUCUUUAUAAACGACUACUAUUCUAUUGUACUCUUUUGCAACAUCAUGGACCUACAUUGUAUUUGAGUGAGGUUUUUGUUAAAUUGGAUCUGUCAAAUUUAUAUUCCAUAUUGCACUUUAUGAUGCGUAUUUUUAAGGCUUUUGGCUAGAGUUGAAGUAAGUCGGUGUAAAAACUUACUUUAAUUUUCUCAAAAAAAAUUCCUGCAGCUAGAAAAUGCCUUAUUUAGUCUGCUUUGUGCCUAAUGGUUUUUUCGGAAUAUGCCGGAUGAGCUUCUCGUUUACUGUUUGUGAUUAUAACUUUGAUAAUCAAUUUGUGCUUUUAGCGCUGUUUGACAUGCUUCAAUAUAUCAAACAAAUUAACAAUCAAUUAAUAUAUACGCAUAACUUUUUAUACAUAUUGUACUAUCAUUUUAACAUACUGACUUAAGCUUGACGAGAUUUGUUUUCUUUGUCUUGCUUUCUUACAGCCAAAAUGCGUUCGUUUUUACCCUGAGGCUCCAGUAGCAUAUUUUUUAUACAUGUGGCACUGAAUGGGUUACCUUAACAACAACUGUUAUGCUCUCGCGUUUCUUAUUUGUCUGUUUCGAUCCACUGUCGAGUUUAUUUUCUUACUUCACAUUAGCAAUCCUCAUUCUAUACCGUCAAAACAUUAAUUCAUUCUACACCAAAAUAUUAAAGAUCCGUUGACAAAGUUGGGUUCGAGAGAAGAGGAUAUAUUAGAGUCCAAGCGUACCAUAUUCGAGCGAGUCUUACUUAGCGCUCGAGACAUGAAUGAAGAUGUUGAAGCCUUCUUGUCUCAAAAUUAUUGAAAAGAUAACGUUAAAAAAAAUUUCUCAGAUAAAUUCUAGGCGGAUAAUCAUAGUCGAAAAAAAUUUCGGGACAACUUUUCAAGAUUUCGUCGUGACAAAAUUUCGUCGUGGUUUAAAGAAAGCAGAGAUAUCAAAAUACUACCUAGAUUCUAAGAGGCAAAACCACAAGCUCCGCAGAGACUAGUUUGCUUAAACGCUCUCUUGCAAUUUGCCUUAACCCUCCUUGCAGCUUCUUCAUACAGAACAGCAUUUCAGUAGAACCAAAAUUAAAGCGGUAUAUUUUUUCUGUUUAUAUGUAGGCAAAUCAAAAGAGAUGCUUCUAGCACCCAAAAAGUCAAUACUGUCUAUCAAUAUGAUUUGAAAGUUUAUAAACAAAGCAUAAUUUAAAGAACAAGCAGAAUCUAUCAAUAUGAUUUGAAAGUUUAUAAACAAAGCAUAAUUUAAAGAACAAGCAGAAAUAUAAGUAUAAGAAUUGGAGAAUAUAGGACCAUCUCUAAUACGAAAAAGUGGUCUGGAAAUUUGUGUUGGAAAGCUCAAAUACCUUGAGUGAAUGAGAGAAACAGUACCUUUUGAACUAUACAAAGACAGAUGGAAUCUUUUGAAAACUGCGACAAAAACAGCUAGGACUAUUCGCACUAUGUUGAGAGCGAAUGUAGUUCAAGAACCGAAAAUGAUGACGAAGAUGAUGCCGACGACAAAGAUCGCCAUUGAGACUAUCUAAAUGAGGAUAAUGAUGCAAUUAUCAUCGACUUGAUUUAAGGGAUGCAUAAAGUUUUAUCUCAUUAAAAAUUUAGUCUAAAAAAAAUUUCGUCAAAAUAUUUGCCGAAAUUUGGUCACGACGAAAUUUUUUGUGGUUACUGAUGGUAUCAGCUGUUCGGGGGAAAUAAUUGCGGAUAGUCGGACAAAAUGUUUUUUAAAAGCCAUGUUCCUAACUGUUGUCGCUUAUAAACCAUUAUAAACCAACAAAUAUAUGGUAUUACUGUUCUGUAGCAAAACUGCUAGUUUAUAAGAUAGAAAAGUUUAAGUUCAGGCAAUCUUUUGAGGCAGAUCAAUGCUGCUUAUGCUUGCACUGGUAUCAGUUACUGUAAGAAACCUUAUUCCCAAAUGCUCUUGUUUGAAUAAAAGAAUGUAGUAUAAAUUUCACUAAAAAACAGUCUUCUUGUCCCAGCAUUCGAUACUGGGUGAAGGAAGGAUUCUUCGAGUGUCAAGGAGUGCAAUUGCUUCUUUUGCUAGUGUGCAAUUUCCAACAGCCGUAAAAAACAUUGCAUGGCCUCUUAUUUCUGUAUCAUGUCUUCUAAAUUACUUUAACAUGACUUUUAUAAUGAAAACAGGGCUGUAAGCAGGGAUGCAGUAGAGGCACAUAUAGACCUGCUUUUACCUUACGUACAAAGUGGAUAGUUAUAGUAGGCUUUGUGCUCUAUAUUCAGGUUAUGACACUGAAAGUACUCCUCUAUCUUUAAUGAAUUUUGCACUACUUCUUUCUGUAGUAUAAAAUGAAUUUCAUGCGAUUGGGCACCAGCCUUGCCGUACACGCACUUUUGAGUACGUAUUUGAUACUCCCUUUCUUCAGCAAAUGACAUGGUUACUUAGUAGCAUUCUUUAAAUAUCAUUGCAUCUGCCGUUUUAGUUUCACGUGUCCUAUAAAAGGCAGCUGCGUUUGUAAAUCUGAUUUAAUAUGUGGCCAAGAGAAAAAUGCUUCUUAAGAUGAUUUGUCUUAGUUUAAGGCUCUCUAACUUACAAUAUUGUUGGUUUUGCUUCAGUACUGAAUUUUAAGAAUCUUUUAUCAGUGAAUCCCAGUUAAUCUUUUACUUGACAUUUCUAACAUUGCGUUUUCAUUACAUUCAAAGGACUUCCCAAGCCUCCCAAGUUUUGAAUUUUUUCCUUUAGGCAGGGAUCUUCUACUUGACAUUUCCAAUCUUGUGUUUUCAUUGCAUUCAAAGGACUUCCCAAGCCUCCCAAGUUUGGGAUCUUUUCCUUUAUGCAAAGAGAUAGUGAAAGAAGGCGUCUCAGUACAGACAGUGCAAAAUGACAAUUCUAUCAUUAAGAGGAAAAUUGACAUUGAGUGACAGUGAUUAACCAAUCAUGAAAAUUGUUAAACCAUAACUAUAGAUGAAAGUGUAAAAAAUUUCCUAAUUCUUCUUGAUCGGCAUUAUAAUAGAAACUCCCUCUCGCAAUGUAAGAACAGUCUGUUCCACCCUCUUAUCGCUCUUUACAUGCUGGUUAAACUCGUGCAAUUUUUGGCUUCUUUCGUCAUCAGCAUCGUAAAGCAAUGCACACAAGGCAUUGUCGGCCAUUAUGAAGCCCGUUUCGCUGAGGAGCCCAGACAUGGCUAGAUCAUAAUACUUUAUAUAAUUUUCCUUAUCUGCAUCAAUGAAUAUGACGUCAAACUUCUCACCAGACUCCAAAAGCCUCUUCAUGCUAUCAACAGCAUUUCCUCUAAGUAGCUGUAUCUUGUGCCCAAUUUUAGACCUCCGGAAGCACUCUUCUGCUACAUCUGCGUACGUUUCAUCAUUUUCCAACGUGACCACUUUUCCAUCAUCGAACAGGAUCCCUUCAGCCAUUGACAUCGCAGACAUACCUUCAUGAGUAAAAUGUUAAGAAAUGCUUUAAUAUCAUAUGUUUGGUUAGGGAGCGUGACAAGAAAGAAUCUGACCUCGUAAGAAGUACAUUCUCAUUAAGUCCUUUGUUAAAAAAAAUUCAACAAGUAUACUAAACAUAACAUUAAAAUUUUAAGAGUGCUGUUUCAAUUUACUUUCUUUUCUUUAUCCAAGACGUGAAUUUAAGGUAGGACGUUUUGCUCGCACAUGUUCAACAAUUAUAUUACCCGAUGUAGCAACAAAGCAUUACAUUUUAUGUAUAUAUAUAAAAAACCGUUGAAUCUAUAAAAAACAGGCUAUCCAAGAUUAAGCAAUUGUUCAUAACUUUCCCAUUGACCUUCCCAUCAGCUUAUAACGCACCUAUACUUGGUUAACCUUCAGGUUUCAGACGCUACGAAAAAUGAGCUAAUUAUUGCUUUCUACAUUAGUCGUUAACUCAAGCUGUAGCUGUCCUAACGUUCCAGUCUAGGUUGUUAACAGUUCCUUUGACAUUAACUUUGCAUUUUAGAGGUUUUAAAUUAAAAUUAUUUCGAAAAACAGAGGAAUUUCCACAAAGUAACUCUGCAGUGGCAUUUUCUUAGAUUUCAAAUAAAUCUAAGUUGCUCUGAAAGGUUUUUUGAAAAUUCUAUUCUCUUCUAAAUGUUUUCUUCUUAUGAAAAACGUUACCAAAACAAUAUAGAACUGUCGGAAGACCCAGACUGGCUAUGUAAGUAUCAAAUAUGCUAACGCCCUAUUUUUUCAAAUAUACGCAUGAGCACCGUAUAUGCUUAAGUAACAGACAUACUUUUGCCUAGCCAACUUUAGAUUCGGACAUUGAACGAACAACAAAAAACAUCACUUUCACCCGAUACACCAUCUAAAAAUCACAAAAGACACAUCUUAAGGCAAUCGACAGAUAAUUAAGGGGCUUAAUCUUUUUUUUCAAUAAAACAUUGACCAAUCGGUGAGCAUGAUUCCACUCACACGCUCAUUGAUUGGCCAAUAUUAAUUGACAGAUGACUUAAGCCACUUUUAUAUCUGUCGAUUGCCCAACACCAAUCCAUACCUGUAAAGGUCCCAAUGUCCAAAACGUUUUUAGCUUUUGCUAUUGCAACUUGCAUUUUUAGAAACUGCGAUUCUAGUGUUCCAACCAUGCAUGGUGCAAAUAAUGAUGCAGUUGUUGUUGCCUUUGCAACUGUCUUAAUAUCUUCCGACGGCAAAGAUGUCACUGACAUUGCAUAUUGUUCCACUCCAGGAUGGAACAAAGUAACAUGGUCAAAUUUUGGAGGAGCUUCCGUGUUUGCAGCCUCUUCGAACAUUACAUUGAAUUUCCAUUCACUGUUUCGAGUCGUUUGAACUUCCUUGAUCCAUUCUGCAUAGGACAUCUUUGGAGCGGCCUCAGUCUUUGAUUUUUGCUCUAGCCUGAUAUAAUGCUGCGCAGUUGUCGCUGGAUUCUGCAACCCAACAUCUUCACAAUGCAUGUCUACCCCAUGGCCUUUCCGUGGAUAUGAAUGGCACAAUGACUUGUAACUGGCAAGUUUUAACUGCAAUCCUUCAUAAGACAAGUCAUUCAAGUAACCACAACGGCCUAUGUCGCCCUUUGGUAUUGGAGCACACAGAUUACCUCCACGUUUUUGUACCAUUUU